UACAAAAGGCCCCGUAGUUAUGGUUUUAUUCUGUUCAGUUGUUAGUUCCCCUGUAGUUUUUAGAGUGGCCAGUAGAGGUCACCCCACUGCUUUUGUAUGAGAGACUAUGUCCAGGGAGAGACGUGGGCAAAGCACCUGAGCUUUUCUGCUCCAGAUUACUGGCAGAGAAUUGGUUAUUCUGUGAGAAGUGUGCGUUAAUGAGCAACGGACCACACACACACAUCCAUGCCCACGCACCUAAACCUGUAUGCGAUACCUGCUCCUCUGACAACCUCUGUUACCUUCAACUGUGUGAAGUCAAUACGAGAGUCUGCACUAUCCUCGGUGUCUUUAUUGUCUCCCUUCUGAACAUUCAUCCGGGCCUUGAGCAGUGUUCUGGCCGACACUCCGGGGAGUGGUAGCUGCAAACUGAACUAGCACCUUACAGUCCUUCCAGUACAAGCUAUCUAUCCAACAUUAAUGGUCCUUCGAGCCGGAUGUAAGCUGCUUCUACCCUAACAAGAUGGAUGAUAUUCAGAACUUCUCAGCUCUUGGUGCGCGCCCACGGCGUAAUGUACGGCGUCCCCUCCGCUAUGAAGCUUAUGAGACUGACUUCCCCGGGCUUGGUGCAGGUUACCAGGAGGAAAGUGAGACAGGAGGCGACACCCGUUCUUCCCACCAUCCUCCGUCUGACCCCUCUGAUGACCGCUCACACGGCCAUGUCACACCAUUGAGAGCAGAGUUAGAAGAUAUACAGCGUGAAAGGUUCCUGUUCCAGCAGUCGCAUGACGAGAUGAGAGCCGGGCUGGCUAAUUUCCAGGCCCUUCAUGCUAGUUUGCUGCAGUUGCUGGACCGUGCAGAGAGUCUGCAGCUCAGUCCACCGCCCAGAGCCCCUGCUGUUCAUCUCCAGCCACCCCCUGCUGAAGAGGAAGAGGACUGGCCUCCACCACCUCCUCCUGUUGUGUUCAAGGAGGAGUCUGUCUCCAGCCAGGGUCCAGUUGCGGACCGCAUCGAUACGAUGCUGAAAGAGCUCCAGGAUCUGAAGAGGGAGUCUAUGGCUGCACAGGAGAGUCAGAUCACCCCCCUACAUGAAUCUAGGCCAGGGUUCACUUCUCCUCAGCCAAGGAUCACCUACCCUCCAGCGCCGCCUCCGAGAGCACACCCCCCUCCAUUGCAACCACUGCCAACUCCACCCCCGUCCUCAUCUACUCCUUUCUUGACCUACAGGGGGCCUCGUCCAAGCAUUCCCAAGCUCUCACGCCGUGAUCCUGGGGAAUUUGCUCGUCUAAAGAUGGCGCUAGAGAACUUAUUGCCCCCGGAGAGUUCAGAGCUCUUCAGGUACCAAGUCUUGUUAGAUCACCUACACCUGGAGGAAGCAAAGUUGAUAGCGGACGCUUACCUCCAUUCUGCCACGCCCUUCAGUGACACUAUGAACGCUCUUAACGACAGGCUUGGGCAGCCCCACCAGCUUGCCCUGAGAAGGAUUGCUGCUGUCAUGGACUCACCUGACAUCCGCCGAGGGGAUGCAGCCGCAUUUGAGCGAUUCUCUCUCCACAUCCAGUCGCUCGUGGGCAUGCUGAAGACUUUAGGCCCUGAUGGGGAGGUCGAACUCCAGUGUGGCUCCCAUGUGGCUCGACUCCUUAGUAAGCUUCCUUCAGAGCAAAGGGCUGAUUUCCGUCGGUGCAUGUACAACCAUUCUGGUCAGGCUUACACCCUGGACGACCUGGCUACCUGGUUAAAGUACGAAUCCUGGUGUCAGGACUAUGACGGCUUGCCCACUCCAGCGAUCACCAGAGAGAAGCCUGAUGUCAGACCAAGCAGACGCUCUGUUGCGGUUCUUCACAGUGGAGAGAGCUCACCCAGGUCACUAGGUACCACUCCAAACAAAGCUAGGCAGCAACCCUACUGCGCCUUUUGCGAUAACCGUGCCCAUCACCUGAGUCAGUGUCAGGAGGUCAUCAAGCUGAGUCGCGAACAACUCACAGACUGGAUAAAGACUAACAAGAGGUGCUGGCGUUGCGCACGCUCCCAUCAGGCAGCACAGUGUACCCUCAAGAAACCCUGCAGCCUGUGUCAGGGUCGUCAUCUGCAGGUCCUUCACGACGUGAAUUCGAAGUCCUUGAAGCCACAUGGCCCAGUGUCUGCUCCCCCACGAGAAGGUGAGAAUCCUACGGGCGUCCUGUACCUCGAUCGUCCUACAGAGAGCGGCCAAGUCCUGUUAAAGGUUGUCCCAGUCAUCCUUCACCAUAAUGGCAAGACUUUGAGCACUCACGCAGUUUUGGAUGAUGGGUCAGAGAGGACUAUGCUGCUACCCACCGCUGCCCAGAAGCUUGACCUUCAAGGCAUUCCAGAGACACUUCCAUUGCGCACUAUCAGGCAAGAUGUGCAAACGCUGUAUGGAUCAUGUGUCUCAUUCGAGAUCUCCCCUGGUGCCGAGCACAGCUACCCGGUGGAGUCCUUGCAGCGGAAGUAUAGACACCUCCGAGGCCUGCCUCUCCAGUCCUUCAAGAAGGUCAAACCUCUCCUUCUGAUUGGCAGUGACCACCCACAGCUCAUCACUCCAACUGAAGCUGUCCGUCUUGGUCCACCGGGCGGUCCCGCCGCUAUGCGCACCAGGUUAGGGUGGACACUACAGGGUCCCUCCAGCCUUAUAGGUUCCUCUUCGCUGCCACAACAGUGCCUCUUCACGACCGCCAUUCCUCCCCAGGUGAGUGAGCUACUCAAACAUGUAGAGAAGCUAUGGCAGGUAGAUGUUGUCCCGGUGCCAGAAGGCAAGGUGGUUACCCGUUCACGAGAAGAUAACUAUGCAGUUAGCCUGCUAGAGCAGAAGACAGUUCGCGUAGACGUCGAGGGCAUCCAACGUUAUGCCACCCCCCUCCUUCGCCGCGAGAACAUGCCACACCUUAAAGCUAGCCCUAGUGCAGUCGUUCCCAGUUUGAGAAGUGUGGAGAGAAGGCUCCAGAAAGAUCCAGAACGAGCUAUGGUCUACCGGGCGGAGAUAGAGAAGUUGGUCCAGGCCGGUUCGGUGGUUAAGGUGCCCCCCUCUGAGGUUGCUCAAGCAGAUGAGUCAUGGUACAUCCCUCACCACCUUGUUAGCCACAAUGGCAAAGAUCGCCUUGUGUUUAACUGUUCGUUCCAGUUCCAAGGCCAAGCCCUCAACGAACAUCUUCUACCUGGGCCCACCCUGAGCGCAUCGCUCCUUGGUGUCCUCCUUCGCUUUCGAGAGCAUGCCGUAGCCAUCAGUGGGGACAUUAAAGGUAUGUUCCACCAGAUUCGCCUUCUUCCCGAAGAUCGUUCCCUCCUGCGGUUUGUGUGGCGGGAUCUGCACCCCGAGGAACCGGUGGCCGUUUAUGAAUGGCAGGUCCUCCCCUUCGAGCGUGCGACCCCUGAAGAAGCCCGGGACCUAGUGGACAGGCUAAGAGCCCUCCUGUCUUCUGCUGGAUUUGUCCUUCGCCAGUGGGCCAGUAAUGAACCCAGCACCAUUGGCCACCUACCUGAAGACCUCAGAUCCACAAGUGCAGAACUUUGGCUCACUCAAGACAAAUCAGACACCUCUGAGCCAACUCUAGGCCUUAGCUGGCACUUCCCCACGGACACCUUGGGUUACAGACACCGCAAAAUCAGUUAUGGCGCCCCCACCAUGCGGAAUAUUUAUAAGGUUCUCGCAAGCCAAUACGACCCACUUGGCUUUAUCCUACCGUACACCACCCGAGCCAAGAUGCUGGUGAGGCGCCUUUGGGAUCAACAGAGGGGAUGGGAUGACCCGCAGCUUCCGCCAGAACUACUCCAGCAGUGGAAAACCUGGGAAGAGGAAUUGCUGUUCCUUGCACAAGUCCUGCUUCCUCGCCCGUAUCUCCCAAAGCACAUCAUGGAGGCAGUUAGUGAGAGAGAGAUUCACAUAUUCUGUGAUGCGUCAGAGCAGGCUUAUGGCGCGGUGGCCUACAUGAGAACAGUGACAGGGGAUGGCAGCUCACAUCUAGCCUUCCUGAUGGCUCGCUCCCGUGUUGCCCCUAAACGCAUUCUCUCCAUGCCCAGACUUGAGCUGUGUGGUGCCCUCUCCGGAGCUCAUCUUUCCCGUCUCCUUAAAAAUGAGCUCACUCUGGACAUAAAGAGAAUAGUGCUGUGGUCUGACUCCACAACUGUACUCACCUGGUUGAGGUCCCAGUCAUGCCACUUCAAGGUCUUCGUCGGCACCCGCGUGGCUGAGAUCCAGGAAUUAACUCACUCGCACACCUGGCGCUAUGUGGACUCAGCCCAGAACCCCGCAGAUGAUAUAACCCGGGGGAAGUCCCUUCUCGAGCUGACCAGACCCAAUAGAUGGAGUCAAGGGCCUCCUUUCCUGCUCCUAGGUCCAGAACAGUGGCCUCCAGAGCCAAGUGGCACCCUGGCUGAGCCUCCAGGCCCAUCUGAGCUCCGUAAAGAGACCUUUUGUGGAUUCUCUACCACCUUCGACCCCGCCACUUCGAACUUCAGCAAAUAUGACACCUGGACACAGCUGCUGGAAGCAGCUAUUACGCAGUUGCAUGGGGCGGCCAAAGGCGGUGGAACUUCAUCGGCUUAUGACUAUGUUCGAGCAGAGAUGGAUGUCCUGAGAGAAGCUCAACAGGAGAGCUUCCCUGAGGAGUAUCGACUCCUUAAGCAGGGGAAAUCCAUCAGUCGCAGCAGUCGUCUCCUUGCACUAUCCCCUGAGUUCGACCACGAGAAUGAGGUCAUCCGUGUAGGUGGACGUCUUCGCCGCUCUGAAGAUCUCGCCUUUACCAGCUCCCAUCCUUUAGUUUUGGAUCCGACACAUCCAGUCACCCGCCUGUUCAUCCAGGACGUCGACAGUCGCCUGCGCCAUCCAGGGCCAGAGAGGGUCUUCGCGGAGAUUCGGCGCACUCAUUGGAUCCUGAGAGGCCGGGAAGCAGUUAGGCGUUUUCAAAGGACCUGUCUUGAGUGCCGCAGAUGGAGAGCCCGACCGACUGUUCCCAAGAUGGCGGACCUGCCAGUUGCGCGCCUCCGCCUUUACAAACCUGCCUUUUAUUCGACAGGCGUGGACUGUUUUGGACCCUUUGAGGUCAAAAUCGGGCGCCGUGUGGAGAAGAGGUGGGGCAUCAUCUUUAAGUGCCUAACUAUCAGAGCGGUCCACCUUGAUGUCCUAACCUCCAUCGAUACAGAUGCCUUCCUAAUGGCACUUCGACGCUUCAUUGCCAGGAGAGGAACUCCAGCUGAGCUGUACUCAGACCAAGGGACCAACUUCCGUGGGGGAGAAAGGGAACUCCAAGCAGCUUUUGCAGCCAUGACCUCUGACCUGCAGAAGCUCCUGGCUCCCCAUAAGAUCGUCUUCCACUUCAAUCCACCAGCGGCUCCUCAUUUCGGGGGAGUGUGGGAGCGGGAGAUUAGGUCUGUCAAGAUGGCACUCUACACUACAGUAGGAUCCCAACCCCUUCAAGAAGAGGUCCUCCACACGGUCCUUGUGGAGGUGGAGGGCAUCUUGAACUCCAAACCACUAGGUUAUGUCCCGUCUGACAUCAGUGAUCCUGAUCCAGUGACCCCCAACUGCUUUCUGAUGGGGCGGCCUGACGGAGCACUUCCUCAAGUGGCUUAUCCCAGAGAAGAGCUCCUGAGUCGCCGGAGGUGGAAGCACUCCCAGGUGCUGGCUGACCACUUCUGGUCUCGAUUCAUCCGGCUGUACCUUCCAAGCCUGCAGCUUCGGCAGAAAUGGCGGUCAUCCCCCGCAGAUGUCACAGAAGGUUCAGUGGUGAUGAUCGUAGAUCCUCAGCUGCCUCGUGCUUCCUGGCUCGUGGGCUGCAUCUCCAAAGUCCACCCCAGUCCCGACGGGCACAUCAGGUCUGCUGACAUCAAGGUGAAGGACCGGACCUUCACCCGACCUGUGGCGAGGCUGGUGGUACUGCCUGCCCUCCCGGACGAAGACAAAGGACAAUCACCGUGACUUUGUUUGUAAAAUUGCCUUUUGUUGUGAGCAAAUGUACUUCAUACAUUUGGGGGCGGCUGUACAAAAGGCCCCGUAGUUAUGGUUUUAUUCUGUUCAGUUGUUAGUUCCCCUGUAGUUUUUAGAGUGGCCAGUAGAGGUCACCCCACUGCUUUGUAUGAGAGACUAUGUCCAGGGAGAGACGUGGGCAAAGCACCUGAGCUUUUCUGCUCCAGAUUACUGGCAGAGAAUUGGUUAUUCUGUGAGAAGUGUGCGUUAAUGAGCAACGGACCACACACACACAUCCAUGCCCACGCACCUAAACCUGUAUGCGAUACCUGCUCCUCUGACAACCUCUGUUACCUUCAACUGUGUGAAGU